CCACAAUUCCCCGGGACGUGUAAAUGUCCUACUUCAAUUCGUUUGAGUGUCUUGUUGUAUUAUAGUUUUGCUAAAUUCUUUUCUAUUUUUAUUCAAUUUAGCUUUUAUUUGUGUAGUGUUUUAUUCACUUAAAUGCAUUGUGGGUAGUCCAUCCUGCGUAGGCUAUAUGACAAAUACACUAACUAAUAACGAAAGCUGAAGUUCACGGUUUCACGUAAUCCAUAGCCCUUCUCAUACGGGCUAUAUAUAUAUACAUGUGUCAAAGUCAACCCCUGUAGGUGUGAUCGCGUCACCAGUCGUAUUAGUCAGAGAUGGGACCACUACAUAAAGUGGCGCAACAGACGUGAUGACAGAAACUCGUCCCUCGCUCUACUGCUGCGGUCAAAACAAAACUGACUGCGGUUGGUCCGGCGGAUGAUGAAUGAGGAGAUGUUUGAUAAUCCCAUUUAUAGCAGCUGCCUUGGUCCAAUGGGCUUCACCGAAGGAGACCGGGAAUCCUUACGGAAACCAUGCAACCGAACUCACCUCUCAGGGUCUGAAUGCGUCAGAAGACACUACAUACUACUGCUGUGUGUGGUAGUAGUGGGGUGUACUGUGGCUGUCAUAAGUCUGUUUGCCCAGAAAAACAAUCAAAUUGCACAGAGACAGCAGUCAAAUAUUGAAACCUCCGCGGCAGAGAGAGAAGAGAUUAAGUCUCUGAAAUCAGAGGACUACAGCGUUCUUCUAAAUAUGAUUUUAAAGCAGGAAGGGUGGAGGUAUAUCAACUCCAGUUUGUACUACAUCUCUACUGAGACCAAGUCCUGGGGUGAGAGCAGACCUUACUGCCAACGGAAGGGAUUGGACCUGGUGACCAUAAACAGCAAAGACGAAGAGGACUUUCUCCUUGAAGUGGUCCGUGCUAAGAAUUUGGAUGUAGCCUGGAUUGGUUUGUCUCCCAACAACACAAAGGAGAUGUCAACACGGGUGAAGAGAGGUGUGGGGCCAGAGGAAGGUGCUCAGGACGAGGACUGUGCUAAGCUUACGCUAUAUGAGACACCUGCAGUGAAAGAAGUAACCGGGAGACAAUGUGGGACACAAAAAUACUGUAUUUGUGAAAAAUACCUGGAUGUCAAAAAGUGGAGGGAACAACUGCUAGCUUCAGCUUUUCUUUUUAAAUGGAGGGAACAACUGCUAGCUUCAACGUUCCUUUUUAAAUGGAGGGAACAACCGCUAGCUUCAACAUUCCUUUUUAAAUGGAGGGAACAACCGCUAGCUUCAACGUUUCUUUUUAAAUGGAGGGAACAACCGCUAGCUUCAACGUUCCUUUUUAAAUGGAGGGAACAACUGCUAGCUUCAACGUUCCUUUUUAAAUGGAGGGAACAACCGCUAGCUUCAACGUUUCUAUUUAAAUGGAGGGAACAACUGCUAGCUUCAACGUUUCUUUUUUUAAAUGGAGGGAACAACUGCAUUUUCCAAGAAGCAACUGUUAGUCAUUCCAGUCAGGUUGGUGAGGGUUUUACCCUGAGAUACACAUAUGCAACAUAUAUUAAGGAAAGUUCCAUGGGUAGUUUUCUGUGGUAGGAAAACCCCCCUGCAUUGUUCCAAUACGCAAAAGCACUUUCAGUCAAUAAGCUUUCCAUUUUAGCCAGACAGUUUUCAACUGAAGUCAAUGGGCAGAUGGAUAAAAACAUUUUUUUAAUAUUUUUUUUCAAGUAAACAAAUAUUUCACAUGAAUUUCUCGUAAAAACAACAUUUAGUAAAACAUUGUGUUUAGACGGGGGGCUGACACAGCAGGGUAGUAACACACACCACACACACCAUACAC